UUUUUUUUCAAAAUCAAGGACAAAUUUAGAACAUUGAGUUUGCGAAUUUCUAUGCAUCACCACCAGGUUUAUUAACUAUUUGUUAUGGGACUAUUUUUGAAAUUUGGAGAAAUGAGUGGAUACAUUUUUACUGCAGUGGUGUUUUUGACAAUACACACGAAGUUUUUGAAUGCAGAAAAAUUGGUUAAUGGCACUUGCCCUUCUAGUCAAAGAACAUUUUGCUACGAUGGCAUUAUUGUCCCAAUGUGGAGACCGUCAACUGGCAUUACAGCUGGAGACAAAGCAGCCAGGGCGAUUGUUUACUUCUCAGCACUGAUGUAUUUAUUCUUAGGUGUUUCGAUAAUUGCUGACCGUUUCAUGGCCGCUAUUGAAGUGAUCACAUCUCAGGAAAAAGAAGUUACUGUCCGAAAAAAAAAUGGAGAAACACAAACGAUAUCCGUUCGUAUUUGGAACGAAACAGUUUCAAAUUUAACUCUUAUGGCUCUUGGAUCUUCAGCUCCCGAGAUUUUACUAUCCGUUAUAGAAAUAAUUGGAAAAAAUUUUGAAGCUGGAGACUUAGGACCUGGUACUAUUGUGGGUUCUGCUGCAUUUAAUCUGUUUGUUAUUAUCGGUGUCUGUGUGUUAGUUGUUCCUAACGGAGAAAUUCGUCGAAUCAAACAUUUAAGCGUCUUUUUCAUCACUUCUUCUUGGAGUAUAUUUGCCUACCUUUGGAUGUAUCUCAUCAUAGCAGUUUUUACUCCAGGCGUGGUUGAGGUAUGGGAAGCACUUCUUACUUUUAUUUUCUUCCCUGUCAUAGUGGUUUGUGCAUACAUUGCGGAUACAAAGAUUUUCUUUAAAAAGUUUCUGAGGAAAAAAUAUCGUGCAACUGCCUUAAUGAAAACUGCUAAUGGUGAUUUGGAACUAACUAACCACACAGAAGAAGUAACCUAUGCACCAAGAGACACAGGUCUAUUAGCCGAAGAAUCAGAAUUCGACCGUCAUCGUAUGGAUUAUGUUGAGGCUAUUAAAGAAAUCAGAAAACGAAAUCCAAACAUUGAAAUGAAGGAACUGGAAGAACUUGCACAAAUAGAGGUACUUAAUAAGGGCCCUAAAUCAAGAGCUUAUUAUCGGAUGCAAGCAACGCGUCAGCUCACAGGUAGUGGAAAUGUUCUAAAAAAGGCCAAAGUUGAACGUCGAAUGUCUUUUGAUGACUCGAACUUAACUCAAGACACAUAUCCUCCGCAUGUUCAGAGGUUCUUUUUCAAUCCUGGUCAUUAUACUGUUAUGGAAAAUGUUGGUACAUUUCCAGUGACAGUCAGUCGAGUAGGUGGUGAUAUGCAUUCUGUUGUUUCUGUCGAGUAUUUUACCCUUGAUGGAACCGCGGUUGCAGGGGAAGAUUAUGAGCCGGCUCAAGGCUUUCUUUUGUUUUCUGCUGGUGAAACUCAUAAACAAAUUAUGAUCUCUAUCAUAGACGAUGAUAUUUUUGAAGAGGAUGAGCAUUUCACUGUGCAUUUGAGAAAUCUCGAAGUAAAGGACUCUCCCACUCCAAUUCAGCCAGUUCUUAUUGAUCCCAUGGUUGCUACUAUUAUGGUCUUGGACGAUGACCAUUCCGGAGUUUUUCAGUUUGAUGUGGCUGAAAUCAGUGUCAGUGAGUCGUGUGAAUUCGCCGAGGCAAAAGUACAACGUGUUUCGGGUUGCCGUGGCGUUGUCAGGCUUCCAUAUCAAACUGUUGAAGGCACAGCUAAAGGUGGUGGGAAAGAUUUUGAAGACUCCAUCGGAUAUAUAGAAUUUCAAAAUGACCAAACUGAAGGUACAAUUCGAAUACGGGUUGUAGAUGAUAAUAACUAUGAAAAGUCCGAAUAUUUCUACCUACAACUUGGCGAACCAAUUCUUAUCGACAAAGAUGUCCCGAGUAGUCUGUUUUCACGAUUUACCCAGCGUUCAGACAGUGUAGCCAGUACUGUUAAGCGUAAUUCACUGUUACCUAACAGCAAAGAUGGAAUUCCCAAUCUGUUGAAUCCGCGUAAAUCACUUGGUUUAGUGGAGACUGGUAAACCAAGAUUAGGCCAGCAGACAAGAAUCAAGAUUACAAUAACAGAAAGCACCGAAUUCAAGCAUACAGUUGACAGAUUAGUGAAGCAAGGUAAAUGGUCAUUAGUCGUUGGCACAUCAUCCUGGAAGGAGCAAUUCAUUGAAGCAAUCACUGUCAGUGCUGGUGGUGAGGCCGAAGGAGAAGAUGACGAAGAGAAGUUACCGACAUGUAUGGACUAUGUAAUGCACUUCCUUACUGUCUUCUGGAAGGUUCUCUUUGCAUUCGUCCCUCCAACAGGUAACGUGUUGAUCUCUUCAUGCAUGAAAAUAAUAUAUGUACCGAACAGUUCUUUCUUUUCAUAUAUAGACAUGAUUUCAAUCAGUAAGGGGACUGUUUACCUCAGUAAAAUGAAAUAUUUAUGGGUUCUGAUUUUAUGUAAAUAUUGAAUAAUAUUUUUUUUAAUGGCAGUUACAGUAUAUUUCAAUGCAAAGAGUUUAGUGCUGAUUAAGAAUCCUUGCAAACCUGGCAAGAUGUUGUCAUAUCCCAGUUACAACACAUUCAGCAAAAUGUUCAAGUAUCCUUUGGUGUAAUCGACAUGAUCGGUUGUGUAAUCAUGUCUUCUGCACUUACCUUUUACUUUACACACAUACACACAGUUCAAACACAAAUGACUGACAAUUGCAAUGCUGCUGGAGCUUUUUUGAUCAUGAUUUCCUGAACCAAGUAGAUAACAGAAGUUGAGAAUGUAUACGAAACUUGGGGUUUAAGACAGAGAUUAAAACAAUGUUGAAUAAGUCACUAAACAGUCCCUGCUUUUGUGCACUCUACAAGGUGAUAACUUAAAAAACUGAUUUCACAGUUCAAUAGGAAUCAAAUCCAGUUGCCUAUGGGUUCGGCUUAAUAAGCUCAAUAUAUACUACUCAUCUAAGAUAUUAAGUGAAGCGAAUCGCUUUCUACCUGUUCGACCGCCUCUAAGAACAACAGACUACUCAAAUAUCAACCCACACCAUUUACAAAGUUCUCCACAAGCUGUUGCUCAUUUAUUGUGUACGUUUGACAAAGAAAAUACUGUACAUUAGUAGUAGUAGUAGUUCACCAAAAUGCAAAUAGUUUUCCUGCGUUUUGUACCUUAAUUAAAUAUGAAUGAUAUUACCCAACACCUAUUUCCAACAAACGGAAUCACUCCAUAUUAAGUUAAAGAGCAAAGACAUAUAAGUGAAGAAAAGUUCCGUUUCGUUUACUUAAGCUGUACAAAAUUAUUUAUCACCAAUGGAGAUAAAUAACAGUCCAUGAAUAAUCAGUAGGGUCACACGUUUACCAUAGUUUUCAAGGGUAAAAUAAACAGUUUAUCUUAUUAAUAUAGGUGUAAAACUUGGGCACUGUGGUAGAAUUUAAUUCCAUACUAGAUUUGUUUAUUUGAUUUAUAACACACAGUGAUUUAAUAUUAUUUACUUGAUGACAUUUCGAGCAUAAAUUAUUGCUCAUAUUUUU